AGGUCCGUGUCGGAGGUGAACCCGACCUCUAGUCUGGAAUCCUUAUGAAUCUGGCUUGGAAGAGCAAUUCUUCCCGCUUUGAGGAGUAAGAUCGGUUCUUGUUAGGUUGUUUCCAUUGGUUAAUACGACACUUGAUGAUGUAAUAUCAUUCUGUGUAUUAGCUUUUGGAAAUGUCUCCCGUUGAUUCCGAAAGGAUAAAUGGUUGAGAAAGCCUAAUGCCCUUUAGGAAAACAUGUAAUGGCCUUAAAGAGAUACCAACCCUAGGACAUGUUUCCCUUAGCAUCCCACCUGUGAGCACGAUUCUUCAUCAAUCAAGACAACUUUUGAAAUAUUCAUCCAUGGAAAAGGUUUUGACCAACAAAGGAUUGAGGAGAUCUCCAAUUGCAAGCAUUUCUCUCCUAUCAUUCACAAUUGCCAAGUCUAGGGGCAAGAUUAGAAGGACAAGAACCAAGAGCAACCUCGAAGAUCAAAAGCUCAAGCACAUCACACUUCAUGUUGCUCCAACACUCAAGGGAUUCAUCAAGGAAAAGAAUGGAACUCCUCAUUAAAUAAUUGUACUUUGAAAGAUCUAGGAGUUAGAUUUUACUAGGGACUUGAAUGCUACCAUGUUGAUGUACUUAGUGUGAUGUACUAGGCUUUUACUUUGUAAUGAAUGACCAUCUUCGUA